AUGGCCGACGCACUCAGCGCAGAUCCCGAGGCAUUGUACACCAAGCAGGCGUGCAUAGGAGGAGGCAGUUUCGGCAAAGUCUACAAAGGUGUGGACAAGCGGACAGGCCAGUCGGUGGCCAUCAAGAUCAUCGACGUGGAGAAUGCCGACGACGAGGUGGACGACAUCAUACAGGAGAUCUCCAUCCUGUCAGGCCUCCAUUCUCCCUACGUCACCAAGUACUACGGAUCAUAUCUGAAAGGCUCCGACCUAUGGAUCAUCAUGGAAUGGUGUCAGGGAGGGAGCUGCGCGGAUAUGUUGAAACCUGGUGUUAUACCCGAGGACUACAUCUCCAUCAUAAUCAAGGAACUGCUGCUGGGCUUGGAGUACCUACACAAUGAUGGGAAGCUACACAGAGACAUCAAGGCUGCGAACAUACUCCUGGGGGCUACGGGACAGGUCAAGCUUGCCGACUUUGGUGUCUCUGGACAGCUCACCGCCACCAUGACCAAGAAGAACACAUUCGUCGGCACACCCUUCUGGAUGGCACCCGAGGUGAUAAAGCAGUCUGGCUACGACCAUAAAGCGGACAUCUGGUCGUUGGGCAUCACUGCGCUCGAGCUGGCUCUGGGCGAACCUCCCUACAGCGACAUACAUCCCAUGAAGGUCUUGUUCCUCAUCCCAAAGAACCCAGCACCACUACUCGAGGGCAACUUCAGCAAGGACUUCAAGGAUUUUGUGUUCCGGUGCCUUCGGAAAGAGCCACGAGAAAGACCGAGCGCAAGGGAAUUGCUGAAACAUCCAUGGAUACGGCGAGCCAAGCGCAAUGCAUAUCUCACAGAGCUGAUCGAACGUCACGAGCGAUGGCAGGCAACACACCGAGGCGAUGAAGAGGACGAUGAGCACGACUACAGAGAUGAUGACAAGGCUCGCGACACUGAUGAGGAGGAUCUGUGGGAUUUUGGAACUGUGAGGCCGGCUGCACGACGAGCUCAGCCGGGUCCUGGCCUGAGAGUUAUGAACGAAUCAGGUAUGAACUCGAGGAGCUCACACGUCCCAGCGUCUCAGUCGAAUCGCUUCGGAAUGGACAAGGAGAACGGUGCUGGCGGUGAGGAGAAUGUACCGCGUGACACUGUUCGAGGAGGAGGAAGUUCGAUGUUGCCUCCGCCACUUCCAAAGACUCCUUCACCGACCAAGAGGAACGCUCCACUGCCCUCACCGGGCAUUGCUACAAAGACUCCCUUACCAGCAUCACCUGUGAGGAAAUCAGUAGCAGCUCAGACUCCACCACAGACACCACGGCCGGAUGAGGUCGCGCCUUCACCAAAACCGCCUGCAACACCACAGACACCACGCCUGCUCAACGAUGACUUCCUCCAACAGUCAAUAGCGAGCGACAUGUCACAGUACUUGAAAGGCCUGUCGAUCAAGGAUGGCCCUCUCGCGGCACCGAACCUGCAAGCGGCCGCUUCGCUACCCGCACCAACGCGGAUGCCUCCUCCACAACCGCAGCAGGCAAGCGUGGCACCCACGCAUAUACCUUCCCAGGCAAAUCAGUCUCGGAACGACCUAUUCCAAAAGCCCUUACCAAACUUCUCGCCGCCGACGUCGAACGUCCCCGAUCAGCUCGCACAAGCUGCCCCUUCUCAGCAGAAAGAGCCAAGAUCCUCCCUCGACUCAGCCCUCUCCGAUCGAUCCCUCCUCGCACACGAACAGCCGCACCCGCAGCAGCCGUACCAGGAAUCCGAGGAACAACCCAUCACAGCCCUGACAUCGGUGGUAACACCCGCGUUGGAAGCUGCAUUACAUCGACGCAACUACCAGCUUUCCUUACUUCAGAAGCAGCAAAGUCGUGCUGGCGAGGAAAACGAGAUGUCUGCGGAAGAUUUACAGUUCAAACGCCAAGCCCACGAGCAGAUUCGGAAGUGCUUGGGGAAGGUUUCGAGGCUGUUCAAGGAGAUUGAUCAUUGGGAUAAUGUUGCGCCCGUGGGGAUGGGAGAUGGGGUGGAGGGGUUGCUGGAGGGGUUUUUGGAGGAGGUGCUUUGUAGGGUUGAGGCGGAGGAUGCAUAG